CCUCUCAUUUCAUUUUUCCCAUUCUCAUUCUCAUUCAUCACGUUUCUCUCUCUUUCUCUGAAUUACUCAUAUAUAGAUACAUAGAUAGAUAUUGCAAGAGACAACAUACAACAUUAUACAUAGAUAGAUCAACAAGAAGAAGAGAUGGAGCUUGUUGAUACUACAAAGAUUCAACAACAACAACAACAUUUUCAUGUCUUGGCAGUUGAUGAUAGUGUCAUUGAUAGAAAACUCUUGGAGAGGCUCCUUAGAGAUUCUUCAUGCAAAGUUACAUGUGUGGACUCUGGUGACAAAGCUUUGAAAUAUCUUGGGCUUGUUGACGAUGAUGAUGAACAUCAAAAUAAUAAUAACAAUAAUAAUAAUAAUAGUUCUUCUUCAUCAACCUCUUCAGAAUCUUCUUCAUUUUCUAAUUCUUCUCCUUCUCCUUCUCCUCAACCAUUACAACAAGAGGGAAUGAAAGUGAAUUUGAUCAUGACGGAUUAUUGCAUGCCUGGGAUGAGUGGCUAUGAUUUACUUAAACGAGUCAAGGGAUCUUCUUGGAAAGAUGUUCCAGUUGUGAUUAUGUCAUCAGAAAAUGUACCUUCCAGAAUCACCAUGUGCUUGGAAGGAGGGGCAGAAGAGUUUCUAUUGAAACCUCUUCAGUCAGAAGAUUUAAAGAAGCUUCAACCCUAUUUUCUGAAACCACUUGAUAAUAAUUCAAGUGAAGAAGGAGAAUCUGCUAAUAGUUCUAUAGAUUCAGACAAUGAAAAUAAU